AUGCUCUUUGCGAUCCGGACAUCGAUACACGCACUUAUUAAAGUCACCCCUUUCUUCUUGAACUACGAACGAGAAGCUGAGCUACCCUUAAACACUUUUGCAACCAACCGCCUCAAGCGAUUCUACCGCCGCAACCAAACCCUCUUUCCCUUUGAUAAAGACGACGAAGAAGAAGAAGAAGAAAAUUCGGGCUCUUUAAACGACUCGGACCUUAGCGAAUACGAGCCUUCCGACGACGGCAAAAGUGAACUGCUGUUGGAAAGACACCCUGGAGAAUGGAGUCAGCUUUGCAAAGCACGCCUGCACCAUCGUCUUAAGACGCAUGCCGCCAACCCCUCGCAUAAGAAGAAGUUGUUUUCGGCAUUCAAAAAAGGAUUUGCUAUUGUCUUAAACGCUAAAGCCAAGACUUACGGAGCUAAGUCCUUUUCUAAGGGCAAGAGCCGCCGAGCUGACGACCUUGUAGACGCCGACAAGUUAAAGGAUUUUAAAGAAAGCUUGCGACCGAUUAAGUUAUCUUUUAACGACUUUGAUUUAAGUGUAAAGAUCACUUUAAAAAGUGCGAAUUCCACUCGUGAACUACGGUUCACGAGCCAAAUCGACGAAUCUAAAGCAUCAUCUUCUCAGCCGGAAUCUUUAAACCGCGCUUUCGAUAAGGCUAUAGAAGCCUUAAGUGACUUGCCCGAAGACGAGGACGACCUAACUAGUGGCUCUAGACCUUAUUCUGGCCUCGCUGACCCCUCGUCGGCUAAGUUCACACCUAUCAACGAUGCGACCAACAAGCGCAAGAACGACACGCGCUCUUUCACCCUUAAGGAUGCUGCUGCUAGCACGUCAUCGUCCAAUGCUAGCCUUGCUAAGAGAAGAAGACCCUCUCAGCUUAAAGAGAACGAAGGAGUUGAGGACGUAAGCACGGAAAGAGAUUAUAAAGAAGCUGCCGAAGCGUAG